AUGUCUGAGUGGAAAAGGGAUACUGGAACACUCAGCUCUUGCAGCCCAUACCUCCUGAACCACCACCCACUACACCCCUACCUCACGAACCACCACCCACUACACCCCUACCUCCUGUCCCACCACCCAUUACACCCCUACCACCUGAACCACCACCCACUACACCCCUACCUCCCAAACCACCAUCCAAUACACCCCUACCUCCUGAACCACCACCCAAUACACCCCUACCUCCUGAACCACCACACACUACACCCCUACCUCCUGAACCACCACCCAAUACACCCCUACCUCCUGAACCACCACCCACUACACCUCUACCUCCUGAACCACCACCCACUACACCCCUACCUCCUGAACCACCACCCACUACACCUCUACCUCCUGAACCACCACCCACUACACCCCUACCUCCCAAACCACCAUCCACUACACCCCUACCUCCUGAACCACCACCCACUACACCCAUACCUCCUGAACCACCACCCAAUACACCCCUACCUCCCGAACCACCACCCAAUACACCCCUACCUCCUGAACCACCACCCAAUACACCCCUACCUCCCAAACCACCAUCCACUACACCCCUACCUCCCGAACCACCACCCACUACACCCCUACCUCCCAAACCACCACCCAUUACACCCCUACCUCCCAAACCACCACCCAUUACACCCCUACCACCUGAACCGCAACUGA